CCAGCAGUAAGAAAAAGAUUGUGUACAUCGACUCCCCCCUUCUGAAGACGGAGAUGACCGUUAGAGAGAGGAGUCACAUCUAUCAUGAGGAAAGUUUAAAGCUCUCCAUCGUAAAGAAUGGAAGCGUGAACAUCUUCCAUGUGAUGACAGAGCACCCCAUAAGUGAGCAGCAGGUUGCACCGGAAGCUUCGAAGAGAAGGUGUGUUUCUACAGAAGACAUAAGCUUUGACUUUGAGGUAGACCUCACAGAUUUAGAGACAUUUGGAGAGACUUCUAACAGGUCCCAGCCAAAAAAAUGUAAAAAUCAACAGGAUGAUGGGGUUAAAAGUCAAAAAGCUAUUAGUAACUCAGUUGUAACUAGGUCCAAAAGAUCUGGUGAACGUUAUAAUGGUAACAGCAGCUCACAGGAAGAUAUGAAGACCCCUCUGAUAAACACAGAGAAACCUACAACAGAGUCAAAUCUUCUUUCUGUUAGUGAAGCCAUUCCACCAAAGACUAUAAGAGUAGACUCCCCCAAAGGUGAUGAAGACCACCAAGUCUUUACAGGAGACUCUGAUGAUGAGAAGCUCGUCAUUGAUGAUUUUGCAACUUCAGCAGCAACACCAACAAAACCGCUCCAGCCUCAGGUUACAAUGUGCUCUGCAGACUUUCCUGUUACCUCUGCCCCUGAGUCCGCCCCUGAAAACAUAGACUCAUCUCCCUCUCAUAAGGGAUUAAAGACCAGACGACAAACCAAAAGAACAAAGCCCUCUGAGGACCAAGUAGGUGAGAUCCUGCGCAUGCAAACAGCAAUGUUCAAGUCUGCAAAUGACACCGCUGCCAACGCUACUAAAUCACCAAGUCGUUGUGUCGGACUCCUGCUAAACUCUCAUCCGAUAUCACUGGUGAAACCAUGUGUGACCUCAUACUUGGAAAGGCACCAGAAUGAGGAUGGCGAGACGUGUGCUGUGGUUCAUGAAUCUGUAGCUCUCAACACUAACGCUGCAGAGCAAAAAAAAAUACUUUCAGAAGACCUGCAGGCUUGUGCUGAGGAUGCACAAGACUACGAAGCUCCAGCUGAGGGCAACCUGAUCUACAAGCUUUACAGUCUGCAAGACUUGUUACUUCUGGUCUGCAGCUCUAUGUCUCAGACCUACACAAAAAAUGUCAACAGCAUGAAGAACCAGUAUGUGCCAGUGCAUGUCGUGCCUAAGCUGGAGUACCAACUUUCUUAUGGAGUUGAAUGUCUGACCAACAGUGAGGCAUGCCAGCUGUGGACUGAGACGUUGCUUCACUCCAGCACGGUGUCUUAUAUAGCUCACAUCAACGCACUCACAUCAAAAGUGGCUCUGCUGAGGAAGCUGCCUGACGACUGGAAGCAGAACGUCUCCUGUGGGUUCAAAUCUUCUAAGUCACUGAAUAUACUACACCAUCUCUUGAAAAAACUAACCGGGUUGGAGGAAGGACGGUACCUGAUUACGCACAAAGCAGGAGAACCCUUUGUGACUAUUUUGAAAGCAGCGACUGGAAAAGCAGGUUGGGGAGCGUACAACCUGCAGCAGGUCCACAGCUYUGUUCCACGACCCCCCAGCUCAGGUCUUGUGCCUUGGGUACCUGUUGAUCCAACUGUGGUCCUUCCCUUCCAUCAGAAACAUGGCCGGGUUCCCUGCACCUUCCCACCAAAGCCUUUCCAAAAGACAGGGCAAGAGCGAGUUAAUAAGCCUGGAGCUGGCCUUAAGAACAACCAGAAUGCGCAAGGCAAGAAGAAGAAGAAGAAGAAAAAACGCUCAGCCAAACGUGACCGUUAUAUCAAAAAGCUUAUUCAGAACUCCAUUUAAAAUCCUUCAUCRAAUGAUUUCAUUUCCUGUAAUUCAUGUUUUAUUUCAUUGCUUAGGUUAGUCAGAACAGCUGGACCUGUGUUUCUACUGCAAAGAAAGAAAAGACUGAUAUAUAGUUACAYACUGGGUGUGCUUUAAAAAUGAUAUUGCCAUGACAUUUUUCCCAUGUAAAAAAAUGUUCUUUAUUUUUAUACUUUGCUCUCUGGAAUUUUCUAUAUCUUGUUUGAAAACGUGUUUUGUAAAAGAUGAACAAAAAAUAAAGUUAUCAGUGUUCAAAUUU